GCAGUAAGCCGUUAACCCCGUGAGUUUUCACGUGUGCACUACGCUACACAUAUUCCAUUCAACAAAACCCACGCGCCGCCGUGUGCGAGUGGAACGUACACUCACCCCUUUCCACCCACUGCUCCCACAAAGUAUAAGCCAAAUUGGCAGAGUCGAUCCUUCAGUUUAUCCAGACGCCGGUGGGGGAACCAAAACGACACCGGUACCUGCGUUUUGCUAGAUCUCGUAACUUAAACCACUUUCAUUCGUUUCAAAACCUCUCUAGGUUUUCAGUUAUAAUUCGCAUGAUUUCAGGUACAAAGGCAACAUAGUAACAAUGGAAGCAAAACCUGCUCUGUCCUUUCAAAGACCAGGUGCUAGACAGUUUAGUACCCAUGGAGCUGCAAGCGCUCGAUCGUCCCUCUUGGAAGACAAACAUCCCAACUUUACAAACCCCCAGCCCAAUUUUACUAGCGGGCCCGUUGGACACAUAUAUUCAUCUGUUAUUACUCACACAAAUCUUUCAGAAAAGGCACUUUUCGUAUCUCAGCCCUCAGGAAUUCUUCAGUCUACAGCAUCAAGCCAGUACAUGAAAGAAACCAACAAUAAUAGUUCAUGGUGUACAGAUUCACUGCCUGAUUUUCUUGAUUAUCCCCAAAAUGCCCCUACUAACUUAGAACAAAGUAUCAUUCCAUCUGAGGAUCUUCUUGAUUAUCCCCAAAAUGCCCCUAUCCAGUCUAGUAGCUUAGAACACAGUAUCCUGCCAUCUGAUGAUUUCGGUAAACAAAGUGAUUGGCAAGAGUGGACUGAUCUCAUUAAUGAAGAUGACUCUCUGACCCCUGAUUGGAAUGAUAUUCUAAUCGAUACCAAUAUCGUUGAUCCAGAGCCAAAGAUGGCAUAUCAUGUGGGGGGGUCAUCUACAAACACGAUGCAAGCACAAGUACAACCACUAAUUUCUCAGUCAUCCGGAGAAACUUGCGUCCCGUUGAACCCAACGCCUUGUGCAAGUGGGUCUCAAUCGAAACCACGGAUGCGUUGGACUCCAGAACUUCAUGAAGCGUUUGUCGAAGCGGUCAACAAACUUGGUGGAAGUGAAAAAGCUACACCCAAGGGAGUACUGAAGCAAAUGAAAGUUGAAGGCUUAACAAUCUAUCAUGUAAAGAGUCACCUACAGAAAUAUCGGACGGCUAGAUAUAGACCCGAGCCUUCAUCAGAAGGACCUUCGGAGAAAAAAACGACUUCUGUUGAAGAUUUCUCAUCUUUAGAGUUGAAAACGGGUUUGGAGAUCACUGAAGCAUUACGACUUCAAAUGGAAGUUCAGAAGAGGUUGCAUGAACAACUUGAGAUUCAAAGGAACCUACAGCUGAGAAUAGAAGAACAAGGCAGAUAUCUUCAGAUGAUGUUUGAAAAGCAAUGCAAGUCAGGAACCGACAAGUCGACGGCUCCGUCAUCUACCGAACCACCAUCCUUGCAGGCUAACCCAAAUGAACCCGGGUCCGAUCCAGUGGUUGGACCAUCUGAUGAAGGUUCCAACAAGUCAGUUGCCGAUGUCUCUCAACCCGCUAAGCGUGCAAAAGUGAACAAGUAAAAACCUAUAUUAUCAGCAAGGUUUUAUAAGUUUAUGAUGACAAGGGAUCAAAGUGUUUAGUAUUUAACUGAUUUUUUCUAUAUUUAUUUUGCUUAAUAAGCAGUUUAAAUGAUGAAUGGCCUUAUAAACAUAGUUUUUUUAUUGAUGUUAUUGGCCAAAGCUGCACCUACACUUGGUCCACACUGCAUCACUGCAUUGAUUA